GUGUUUGAUGAUGAUCAUCAUCAGAGGACGACUGAUGUUCAUCACACACAGGAAGUGAGUGACAGUUCGCUGAGGGGGGCGUCACCACACACACACACACACACACACACACACACACUGGAGCUCGGUGGUUGUCUCCCGCUGUUCAGCAGAUGAAGCUCUCAGCUGAUUUGACAUCUCCUUAAUAAUCUUGGGCACACCGGUGGACAGUAAACCGUCUGCUUUCUGUUCCUCUUUUCCAGGAGCAGAUUGUGUCUAUAAUGAUGUGUCUUCUGUAAUGAUGGAUGGCAGGUACAGAAGAGAUCGGGACAGAUAUGUGCACGCACACCUGUGUGAAGUUACAGAGAGCAGCCCUGCUGAACGGGCCCCUAAAAGUCGCAUCCGCACAGCAGAUGCUGUGGCUCCUCCUCCUCCUCGUCCUCUGCGUGUUCUGCCAGAACGUAAAGGACCAGCCAUCAACCGAGACCUCAAACCUGGGAGACUGCCGAAGAGUUCAUCAGAUGGCCGAUUGGAGUUCAUGGGAUCUGCUGACAGGGCCUGUGCAUCUCCACCGAGGGCAGUGAAAACUAAACCUAGAGAUCACCUGAGUUUACCACCGACUCCACCAGUGAAGAUCAUCACUGAGCACCCAAACCACCCUCACCAGUUUGAUGAUUCUCCUCCAACCAGACCAGCACCAGAACCGCAAACCAGAACUAAACACAGACCUGAAUGGACACAAUCAAGUCGGAGUGGACAAGAGAACGUUAAAGCCACACCAGCGUCUGCACCUGCGGCGUCUCACAGGUUUUCUCUGGAUCUGGAGUCUCAGGAUCUCGACAGUGACAGCGAGAGCAGCUCUGAUCCACACCUGAGGAAACUGCAGCAUCACGAAUGGCCACCAGGGAAAGGAGAAGCCAGCGGCAGCUUCACCAACCACAGCAAACCAGCACAGGACCUGGAGGAGCAGAACUGGUAUGUGGGAGCGUUCAGUCGGGUGGAGGCCGAACAUGCUCUACAUCUGGUCAACCGGGAGGGAGCCUUUCUAGUGCGCGACUGCUCCAAGAACACUACCCAUGAGCCUCUAGUGCUGGCGCUGUUCUACGACAAGCGGGUCUUCAACAUCCAGAUCCGCUUCAGUGAGGAGACGCACAAAUACACACUGGGCACGGGACUGCGCACCAAUGAUAGGUUUGAUUCAGUCACAGAUAUCAUCAGGUUUCACUCCAUCUUCCCCAUCGUGCUCAUCGACGGACGCAGAAGUGCAGGAGAGUGUGUGCAGCGCCAGCAGUGUGUGCUGAUGUACCCCAUCACUAAAGAGGACCUCACACAGCUGCUUAACUAACACACACACACACACACACACACACACACACACACACACGCAGACACACACACAUAUGCCUGAGUAACACAUUACUGAGAUCUGUCAGCCUGACGUCAGUAACACACACACACACACUUCUGAGAUCAGCCUGACGUCAGUAACACACACACACACACACUUCUGAGAUCAGCCUGACGUCAGUAACACACACACACACACACUUCUGAGAUCAGCCUGACGUCAGUAACACACACACACACUUCUGAGAUCAGCCUGACGUCAGUAACACACACACACACACAAACCCUUCUGACAUGUCAGCCUGUUGUCAGAAUCAGAUACGUUCAUAAUCAGACUGAAGUGUGUUUAAAGAUGUGAACACACAUAUUAUCAGUGUACAUGAACACACAGUUUAGCAGAAUACACACACACACACGCACACACACACACAACAGCCGCUUUAGCAGAUCCAUUUGAGUUUUAUUUGAUCACACUUUUACAUCUGAUGACCUUCAUCAAUCAUUAAAAAAUAAAGUAAUAAAAUAAAA